CCUAACGUAGCUCUGCGCAUGCCCAGUGUGGCAACGUGUAGCUAUUACCCUUCCUUUGCUGUUCUGAUUUCCUCAUUCCAUUCCCGACUCUCCCCACACUUCUCUUACUGGCAACUCAGAGGAAGGCCAAAGGGUGUUGACCUCAGUUCUGCUAACACGCAUGCCUAGCAGCAAUCCUUUACCGCUGCUGGAGGUGGGAAUGCACUCUCAUGCAGCGAAUGAAUGCUGAAUUUGCUGUCCUGAUUGGCUCCCUUCCGGGAGGACCUCCACUUCGGGCUCAGAGUGAGCUUCGGGGAGUUGCAGGUUGCAUGUGCUUGGAGCCUUGGAAGGAGGGUCUGUACAUUGCAAGAACCCCACGGGGGUGCAGUGUGUCCUUGACAUUGCAUGAAUGAAGGGAAGAUCCCGCUCACUGAGGGCUGGAUUAUGCACUGCGAAGGCUGAAAAACAGGUUUUCCCCUCCCUGCGUUGGGGAUGCUUGCUACCUAUUCAGAGUUCUUCCACAGUCUAUGUACAUCUUAAGAAAUUUGCAUGGAAAGAAAGAUUAAAGACUGUCUUCAAAUUCUCAUUUAGACAGUGGUAUCACUGAAGGAUGCCUCAAGUCUAGACCAAUGGUGGGAUCUUUAAUUUUAAUUUCUCUUCAAGGAAAUCAAAUAUGAAAUCCGAUCAGCUAUUUAAGAGACAAGUUCUUGCUAGAUUCCUCAGGAAAGAUGUUUUAUUCAGUAGUGCUUUCAUAAUCAGGCUUGCGCUGGUCUUCUAUGGAGUUUAUCAGGACAGAACAAUGUUGGUCAAAUAUACAGACAUUGACUACCAAGUAUUCACCGAUGCAGCAAAAUACAUCACAGAGGGAAAAUCUCCGUACCUAAGAGCUACUUACCGUUAUACUCCACUGCUGGGCUGGAUCUUAACACCAAACAUUUAUGUUGCUGAUCUGUAUGGAAAGAUUCUCUUUGUUGCUGGGGAUAUAGUUGCUGCAUACCUCAUGUACCAAAUUUUGCUUCUCAGAGGGCUGGACCGCAGGAAGGCAUGUGGGUGUUGUACAUUCUGGCUUCUCAAUCCCCUGCCAAUGACUGUAUCUAGCCGAGGAAAUGCAGAAUCUCUUGUCGCAAGCCUCGUCCUUGGCACCAUGUAUUAUAUGGAAAAGAGAAGCCUAAUAAAAGCAGCAGUUCUUUAUGGCCUAUCUGUACAUAUGAAAAUUUACCCCGUGACUUAUGCAUUGCCAUUAGUUCUUCAUUUGCAAAGUAACCGAAAUGAUAAGAGAGGAGAAACAGGUGCUUUUCCUUUAAAGAAGCAAAAUAUGCACUUUGUGAAUGACUUCUGGUGGCUUUUCUUAAGGCUCUUGAAUUUUGAUGUUCUGCUUUUUGGACUUGUGGCUUGUUGUACAUUUGCUGCCCUUGGCCUUAUGUUUUAUUCCUAUUAUGGCUGGGAAUUUUUGGAGCAUACAUAUCUCUACCACUUGACCAGGAGAGAUAUUCGCCACAACUUCUCACCCUAUUUCUAUAUGCUGUACUUGACUGCAGAAAGCAAAUGGAGUUUUCUCCUUGGACUUGCAGCUUUCCUUCCUCAGCUCCUGCUGCUUCUAGUGAUUUCCUUAGCUUAUUACAAAGAUCUUGUUUUCUGCUGUUUCCUGCACACUGCUGUUUUUGUGAGUUUUAACAAAGUGUGCACCUCCCAGUAUUUUCUGUGGUACCUUUGCCUCCUUCCACCUGUAAUGCCUCUUUUGAAGAUGUCCUGGCAGCGGGCUGCAUUGCUUCUUCUGCUGUGGCUUAUUGGACAGGCCCUUUGGCUUGCACCUGCAUACUUUCUAGAGUUUAAGGGACAGAACACUUUCUUGCUCAUAUGGUUAGCAGGCUUGUUCUUCCUCUUCAUCAACUGUGCAGUCCUUUAUCAGAUUAUUUCUCACUAUCAUACUCAGCAGAUACCCAGCAAAAUAAAGCAACAGUAAGGCUUGCCUUGUUGGGCAGGUGACAUCCUGUAGGUAAUUACCUGAGUGAAGUUAGUCACUUGAACAAGACUGGGUAACAACCAGGGUCUUAAAUUGCUGCUUUAAUUACUGUGAAUCCUGUUUUUCAGUACAUUGACCAAGUAUGGAAAUAAGUCACUAUUUUAGUGAGAUCUCCUUCAAAUCUUUACGAAGUGGUGGGUUUUUGUUUGUACUUUUGUUUUACUGGAAAGCAAAUGUUUAACCAUAUUAAAUAAUGUGCAUGAACCAUU